UAGAAUUUAGGCUUUGUCCCUCUGCUUGCAACAACUGCAAGAAGAAGGUACCCAAUUGGCAUUGAUCUGCAUUUUCACUCCAAACUACGAUCAAUGCCACCUUCUUCCAAUUUUGUUUUUGUUUUCAUUCAAUCCAUUUCAUUUCAUCAAACUACAUUUAAUUUCUCUUAGCUUAUGUUCCAAAAACUCAGUUGUUUCCCUCUCCCAUAAACUUCCAUGACCCUUUGUUUAUAAUUGCUGGAUUCAAAAGCUCUUCUUAUUAUAACUAUCUUGAUAUCACGCGUGCACCUGUUUGGUUUUGUUCCUGGUUCUGCAUAUCUAUCUCCCUUAUAGCAACAAAGAAGAAGAUGGGGGAGGGUGAAAAGUUUCAGCUGGGAACUGCCGGUGCGUUGGGUUUAUCCGUGGUGUCAUCUGUAUCGAUUGUGAUAUGUAAUAAGGCACUGAUGAGCACAUUGCAUUUCAUUUUCGCGACAACUUUGACAAGCUGGCAUCUUCUUGUUACAUUUUGCUCUCUCCAUGUGGCGCUAAAAAUGAGGCUUUUUGAGCACAAACCUUUCGAGCGGAAAGCAGUGAUGGGAUUUGGAAUUCUAAAUGGAACUUCAAUUGGACUCUUAAAUUUGAGUCUAGGCUUCAAUUCUGUCGGUUUCUAUCAGAUGACUAAGCUGGCAAUCAUUCCAUGCACUAUUCUGUUGGAGAUCCUUUUUCUUGGAAAGAAAUUCAGUAGAAGAAUACAAUUUUCCCUCUCCGUCCUCCUUCUGGGUGUUGGGAUCGCAACAGUUACUGAUUUGCAACUAAAUGCUUUGGGCUCAUUCUUAUCUUUUCUAGCGGUGAUUACAACAUGUGUUGCUCAGAUUAUGACAAAUACCAUCCAGAAGAAGUAUAAGGUUUCUUCUACCCAGCUAUUGUAUCAAUCAUGUCCAUAUCAAGCAGCAACCUUGUUGAUAUCUGGACCAUAUUUGGAUAAAGUUCUUACCAACCUUAAUGUCUUUGCUUUCAAGUACACAACCGAAGUGACGUUUGUCAUUGUUCUUUCAUGCCUUAUCUCAAUCUCUGUAAAUUUUAGCACAUUUCUUGUAAUUGGAAGGACAUCUCCAGUGACCUAUCAGGUUCUUGGACAUUUGAAGACAUGCCUUGUAUUGGCUUUUGGUUAUAUAAUUGUCCAAGACCCUUUUAGCUGGAGGAACAUACUGGGGAUUUUGGUAGCCAUGGUUGGGAUGAUUAUGUAUUCCUAUUACUGCGUUCUUGAGAAUCAGCAAAAAGCAGCUGAAACUGCAGCAUUAGCAUCACAGGCAAGAGAAGGUGAAUCUGAUCCCCUCAUUAGUGUGGAAAAUGGAAGUGCAUUAUUGAGCAAAAGGCCUCCUGUCUGGAACAAAGAAAAAGACUAGCACUCUGGAUGAGCUUUUUCAGAAACACCAUUAAAAACAGUAAAUGGGCCUAUAGUGCCAUAGAUGAAUUAUACCCUUAGUUAGGAAGUUCUCUAGACUUAAGUCUUAUACUUACAGGGGUGAGUUAUUUUACUCAGUACUGUUAGUUUAGACUUGUGUGCAUUGAAUAGCCAACCAACAAUAUAACAUUAGUGAGGGAAAAUACUUGGUCAUGCCUAAGGUGUUGGGCCAACAAAUUUAGCUCUCAAUUUUGCGAAUACUUAAUGGAUGUUUUUUCACAGCAUAUUACAUGUAUAAAUAUUCCAAUUUUUGCUUGAACUAUAUACAAACAUCUAAUGGCGA